GGCCUGAGCGAGAGCGGACGGCGGGCGGGCGCAGCUGCAGCUUGAGUGGCGGCGGGGACUCCUGGGCCCCGCACCGUUGUGCCUUCUCACCGCCCGCGCCCUCGGACAUGGUGGCCCCCGGCUCUGUGACCAGCCGGCUGGGCUCGGUGUUCCCCUUCCUGCUGGUCCUGGUCGACCUGCAGUACGAAGGUGCUGAAUGUGGAGUAAAUGCAGAUGUUGAGAAACAUCUUGAAUUGGGCAAGAAAUUACUUGCAGCGGGACAGCUAGCUGAUGCUUUAUCUCAGUUUCAUGCUGCAGUAGAUGGUGACCCUGAUAACUAUAUUGCUUACUAUCGAAGAGCUACUGUGUUUUUAGCUAUGGGCAAAUCAAAAGCAGCACUUCCUGAUUUAACUAAAGUGAUUGAAUUGAAGAUGGAUUUCACUGCAGCAAGGUUACAGAGAGGUCACUUACUACUCAAACAAGGAAAACUCGAUGAGGCAGAAGAUGAUUUUAAAAAAGUGCUCAAAUCAAAUCCAAGUGAGAAUGAAGAAAAGGAAGCCCAGGCCCAACUUAUAAAAUCUGAUGAAAUGCAGCGUUUGCGUUCACUAGCACUUGAUGCUUUUGAAAGCUCGGAUUAUACUGCUGCUAUAACCUUCCUUGAUAAGAUUUUAGAGGUUUGUGUUUGGGAUGCAGAACUACGGGAACUUCGAGCUGAAUGUUUUAUAAAAGAAGGGGAACCUAGGAAAGCAAUAAGUGACUUAAAAGCUGCAUCAAAAUUGAAGAAUGAUAAUACUGAGGCUUUUUAUAAAAUCAGCACAUUAUACUAUCAACUAGGCGACCAUGAACUGUCCCUCAGUGAAGUUCGUGAAUGUCUUAAACUUGACCAGGAUCAUAAAAGGUGUUUUGCACACUAUAAACAAGUAAAGAAACUUAAUAAGCUGAUUGAGUCAGCUGAAGAGCUCAUCAGAGAUGGCAGGUACACCGAUGCGACCAGCAAAUAUGAAUCUGUCAUGAAAACAGAGCCAAGUGUUUCUGAAUAUACAAUUCGUUCAAAGGAAAGAAUUUGCCACUGCUUUUCUAAGGAUGAGAAGCCUGUUGAAGCCAUUCGAGUGUGUUCUGAAGUUUUACAGAUGGAACCUGACAAUGUGAAUGCUCUGAAGGAUCGAGCAGAAGCCUAUUUAAUAGAAGAAAUGUAUGAUGAAGCUAUUCAGGAUUACGAAACUGCUCAGGAACACAAUGAAAACGAUCAGCAGAUUCGGGAAGGUCUAGAGAAAGCACAAAGACUAUUGAAACAGUCGCAGAAACGAGAUUAUUAUAAAAUCUUGGGAGUAAAAAGAAAUGCCAAAAAGCAAGAAAUCAUUAAAGCAUACCGAAAAUUAGCAAUGCAGUGGCACCCAGAUAACUUCCAGAAUGAAGAAGAAAAGAAAAAAGCUGAGAAAAAGUUCAUCGACAUAGCAGCUGCUAAAGAAGUCCUCUCUGAUCCAGAAAUGAGGAAGAAGUUUGACGACGGAGAAGAUCCCCUGGAUGCAGAGAGCCAACAAGGAGGCGGUGGCAGCCCUUUCCACAGAAGCUGGAACUCAUGGCAGGGGUUCAAUCCCUUCAGUUCAGGCGGACCUUUUAGGUUUAAAUUCCACUUCAAUUAAACCAGCUGUUUUUCUGGCCUUCUUAAUUUUUUUUAAAGAUUAAAAACAAAGAAACCUUGUUCCGGGAUCCUAAUGAAAAAAUUUCAAAUCUUUCAGUUUGUCCAUGACCAAAGAGUUGUUUUAAGAGGAAAAAUCUGUUCUUAUCCAUUUUAGACUUGAGGUUGAUGGGUUUGCGAGGGCAGGGAGGUGAGGAAUGGUUCCAUGUCUGACAAAGCAGCCUGUGUCUGUUGGAGUGUCUGGAAGAAGUGGUCUGAGGCAGACUCAGCUGUGCAAGUGCUCACAUAUUUUGCAUUUUUCUACCCUGGAGCAUGUAGAAAUUAUUCUUUUCUUCACGGUCUUGCAUAGUAUGUCAGUGCUACACGUGUAAGGAGCUAUAAUCUUCAUGAGAAUGGGUUGUGUUUCAGGAUUCUUAAAGAGAAUAUUAACAUUUUGAGCUGUAUGUUCUUGGGGACAACUUUGCUGAGGUUUUGGUCAGUCCAGUCACUUGCAACUAUCUGUUAAAUUUCAGAGCCUCCUUUAAUCUACAUGCGUUUCCAUCUCUACUGGCCCAAACGUGGCUGUCAUUGAAGGAGGGACAGAGCGCAUCUUUUAGAAAACCUGCACCAAAUGGUUGUUGAUGUAGCCAGGUUUAAACUUUGGAUUGAUGUUAAGCAUAUAUUUUAUGUUUUUUUUGUUCAGUACCUGCAAGAGAAUACUGAAAACUACCGAAACAGAAUUAAUUGUAAAAACCUAUGGGCCCUUUUGUUUAAUAUGAAACACAACAAAUUAACUAAAAGAUAAGUAAUAUAUAAAAUAGCUUUAGAUAAUAUUGCAGUGGUAUUAUUUAAAAUAAUAUUGCUGAAGUGCAGAAUGAAAUGCUUUAACAACUGAAGUUGUGAAUUAAACAGAAUUUCCUGUAACAGCAUUGGCUUAGAAAUGUAAAGUUGCACAGUCAACAUAAAUAAACAGAAUGCCAUGUUUCCCACUUUUAAUGAAUACAGUGGGCAGCUUCUCCUCCGUCCUGGCCGAGCCUCUAGGACUGCAGUGACUCCCACGUGGGCCCUGUUUGAGGUGGGGGUGGACAGCAGCCCUGCCCCUUCACCAGACCUGAUGCCUCUGCAUGUUCCUCCUGCCUAUAAGAAAGUACAGGUUUACACAUCUACUUAGUUCUGGCUGUAUUUCCACUCUCGAGAGGGCAUCUCUUCUUGGAGUACCUUCUUCUUACCUUUUAAGAAUUGAACUAUUCACUCUUUGUAUACUGGAUAAUUUUUUCCCUAAAAAAGGAGUGUUAAUCAAGAAUAUUAAAUAUUUAUGGAACUAAUGAUGCUGCAUUUAAAAUCUAAGAGAAUUACUUUAGAUAAGAAUUAUUACCCUUAUUCUGGAAAGAUUUUUUGUUUUUGCCUUAGAGUAUUUUGAAGCAUUUUAAGCAGGGUCUAAUAAUAUAUUAUUUGUAUGAAAUCAAGCAUUUUCAUUUUAGUUGUGGGAGGCAUCCUGAUCACUAAUGUCUACAAUAGCCAAGCACAAAUCGUUUUCUUUUAUAGUUAUCCUGAAACAUAUGUGGAAAAAAAUUUUUUAAACUCAGAGAAAUCACAUAGUUGAGUAAAACACGUUAAGUGCUUUUUGCAUCUAUUUAAAAGUCUAUUUCUUACCAAUAAACUUAACUGCAUUUUGAAAACUAGUGAACAGCUUGUAGCUUUCAUUUUAUUUUAAUGUCUCAAAAUUCAAACCAGUGUGAAAAUAAUUUCCAAGGGAAAUGCACUUUUGUUUAAUCUCAGUAAUCUCACUACUUCACUAGUUAUAGCAACGUUUUUUUUCAAUCUGGUUCUUUCAUAUAUGAUGUCACUGUGACCUCUUUGAAAUCUAGCAAGGGCCUCUACCUACUUUCAAAAGAAUUUUCGCACAGAAUCUGAACAAAGGGAAUAUCAAAUCACUUGCCUUUCCAUUCGGAGGAGAGGACGAAAAGUUGCCAACAAGGAGCCAGAGGGAGUCGGAUGGUUGAGGGCUGGGCGGCACGGGAGAUGUGUCCCCGCACCUGGUCCCUCGCUGCCUGCUGGGCUGCUGCCCAGAGGGUUGUUUGCAUUGUUUUUUCUCCACUUGUAAUGACCAUAAUUCCUGUUCCUCAAGUCUUGCUGUGGAUUUCAUUUAGUGGAUUUAACUGUAACUGAAAGGUGUAGUUACUUGCUUGUUUUCAGUGAAAGAGGGGAAGCUAUGGUGCCACCUGCCAACGCCACUGAGAUAUUAAGUCUCUGGAGUCUGUUGCUUUGCUGAUUAAGGAAGAAGAUAAUGACCUUGAACUUCCAGCCUUGACAGGGGUCAGCGGUCUUCUGGUAUCCAGCUCAGUGGAAGGGCAGUCAUCCAUGCAUUCCUUGACAGUGACUGAGAACUCCGGGUGUGUGAAGGGACAGUCCUUCCUCCUGCCAGCCUGAUGGUGGAGCUCAUUGAGCAAUGAGGAGUGUGUGACUGAAGAAGCAUUUGAUUUGUUUUUGGGCUACUUCUACUUACCAGUUUCCAUUUUCUGUUUUUGGGGACUGCAGUUGCCUAGUAGCCUUUGUGGCUCUUUCUGGAAAAGUAAAAUCAGAGGGGUACCUAGCCUUAGCUGUAUUACGUUCCCUUUGUAAACGCCUCCCUUCUUUUCUGGUGAGCUCCAGAAGUGAAGUAUCGCUGGUCUGUACAUUGUGGACAUUUUCCACAGCAGCAGGUAUUACACACAUCAGCCUAUACACGUGAAUAAGUUCUAAAAAGAGGUAAAUUAUUACCCAAUUUUGAAAGUUUAUGCUUUCUUAUCAUGGAUAAAUGAAAACUUGAAAACAGCUUCAAUAGUUUACUAAUAUGAAAUGGAUGUAACAUAAUACUAAUUUUAAAAUGUCUUUCUCUUUAGACAGUAUUAAAAGUUUAUUUUAAAUAUCAGUAUGAAAACAGAACUUUUUGGGACUCUGAUCAUGGAAUGUAAAAACCCACAAUUUUUUGUAAAAACCCACAAUUUUUUUAAGAGACAAAUACUACUGAUAACCAAGUAGACCAAAAAAAGCUAACAGAAUCACAAUUUGAAAUUGGCACCAUUUUCUAUUCAUGGUAGAAAAGGAAAGAUUUCACCUUUAAAGGCAUGAAUUUGUAUGUGACACUUAUCAAAAAAAUGCCUAAGAUGCUUAUGUUAAAAACAGCUCCUCAGUCAGGUCUGUGUUAGAGCCGACUGCUGUAAAAGGUAUAGGGCACUGGUGAUGGGCCUUGCGGCAAGUUUUCAUUAAGUACAUAUCAGCGGUAAAACCUAGAGAAAUUCAUGCAACUUUGUUCAAUGUAAUUGACUUUUCCAUAUUUAUAAAGGAAGGAGGAAGGCAAAUGCUAAUUUGUCAACAAACAAUAUGCUUAUUCUAAGAUCAUUCCUUUUUUGUUAGUAGCAGAGUUUAUUCUGUAAUUGCAAAUGACAUUAUUAGGUGGGGAUAAUAUUUUUAUGGAUGAUCUCAUUUGUUGAAUGAUUUAAGAGUAAAAUUAGCCACUGCGUGGCUCUGUGUCUAGUAUCAGGUUUUGUUGCACUCGCCUUGGUUGACCCUCUCACUGGCAGUGGAAAGCAGAGCGUGGAGUAGGGAAAAACUGGAGAUGUCUGAUGUUAAAAUAUUACUCCUACCGUGAGGCUAUAUUGGUUUUGAAUGCGACAAAACUAAGUAACUUAAUCCAUCUCAAUUUAGUGUUUUAAUAAAAAAAACUGAAAAUUAAUUGAAAUGGGUCUCAGACAUGUCUACAAAUAUGGGUACUAUUUUUAUGCCCGUGUAUUUUCACAUUUAAUAAAAAUAUUUAUGGUCAAA